GGAAACUUUCUGCUGCUCUUCCUGCGACCACAAAGCGCGGUCCUAGUGCCCUCUACAUGGUCCUAGUGCCUCCACAUGGUCCUAGUGCCCUCCACGUGGUCCUAGUGCCUCCAUGUACCCUAACCGCCAUUAAACAGAAAAAAGAAGAACGACGAAGCCAACUUGGAAGUGGUCCAUUGAAAUGUUGCUAGCGCGACCUCCUGUACUGUAGAAUGUAGUAUGGACCAUAGGACAGGACGAAGAAGUCCCGUUAAGAAGCUGUGGAGGCCUAAGAUGCUCUACUAGUCUGCUGGAAAUGGAAAGAAGACGAAGGAGUAAAAAGCAAAAUGGCGUUUGACAGAGAAGGCCUAAACGUGGCCACUGGCCAUUAUUGUUUCUUUAUUUGUAUUUAGUGCAUACAUGUACGCAUAUAUGUCGUGUAGUAGAUGAAACAUUGUUAGUCAUUGUUUGUAUCCGGAUACAUUAGUCUGAGCGCACUUUAUGUGCUAGCUUAGCUUGCUAGUUAGCUUAGCUUGUUAGCUGCUAACAAAGAGACGCGGACGUUAUCAACACAUCGCUAAGUAGAGAUCAAAUGUGAGUGUAAAGUGUUGUGAUUGUGUGAAAAUGUGCGAAAGAACGAUAGCAAAGUAUGAGGAGGAACUUUGUCCAACAAAAGAGGAGAAGGAGCGACAACAUCAACUUAUGGACGCUGUUUUCAAGAAACAUCAAGUUGUGUUACACAGAACAGUUAUUUACCCAACAGAUGUCCAGCAGCCCCCCCACAUUAAAGAGGAAGAGGAGGGUCCACAGCCCCCCCACAUUAAAGAGGAAGAGGGGGAUCCACAGUCCCCCCACAUUAAAGAGGAAGAGGAGGAUCCACAACCCCCCCACAUUAAAGAGGAAGAGGAGGAUCCACAAUCCCCCCACAUUAAAGGGGAAGAGGAGGAUCCACAGCUCCCCCACAUUAAAGAGGAGUGUCUUCUAGGGCAGGAGGAGGAUGAUGUCACCAAGUUUCCACUGACUGUUGUCUCUGUGAAGACUGAAGAGCAUGAAGACAAACCACCUGAGUCCUCACAGCUUCAUCACAGUCCAAACGUCUGUGAAAAACAACUUCUACCUGAAAAACAUGAGAGUAGCUUCAGGAUGGUGAAGGAGGAUCCAUCAAAGAGGAAGACCAGACGCCAAGGACCCUCUGGCGUCUCCUUUUCCUCUUUGACACAGACCCUUCCCUGUAAAAAGGAAGAGGGAGACUCACUGACCCCCCACAUUAAAAAGGAAGAGGAGGAACACAGCAUCAGUCAGGAGGGAGAUCAUAUUGAAGGACUGGUGGAGUUCCCAGUGACUGGUGUCCCUGUGAAGAGUGAAGAUGAUGAGGUCAAAGGUGAAAGUGAGGAGAAGAGAGAGGCGGAGCCUCCAAGCAGCAGCUCAACACAACACAUGACAACAGAAGCUGAUGGAGACCACUGUGGAGGAUCACAAGCAGACAAGCUCUUAGCUCCACUAUCAGAUAGUGAGGACACAACGUCACACUCUCCUGACACUGAUGAUGAAGACUCUAAAGAUGAUAAGACAUGUCACACUGACAACACUCACUUGAAAUGUUCUCACUGUGACAAAACCUUUAAAAACCAUUGGUAUCUGAAAAGACACAUGAGAUCACACACUGGAGAAAAACCUUUUCCCUGUUCAAUCUGUGGUAAAGCUUUUGUACACAGUCACAAUUUGAAAGUACACAUGAGAACACACACUGGUGAAAAACCUUUUAUCUGUUCAAUCUGUGGUGAAGGUUUUGUUGAAAGUCGGGGUUUGAAAAAACACACAAUAUUACACACUGGUGAAAAACCUUUUAUCUGUUCAAUCUGUUGUAAAGGUUUUGUAGAAACUCACAAAUUGAAAGAACACAUGAGAACACACACUGGUGAAAAACCUUUUAUCUGUUCAAUCUGUGGUGAAGGUUUUGUUGAAAGUCGGGGUUUGAAAAAACACGCAACAUUACACACUGGUGAAAAACCUUUUAUCUGUUCAAUCUGUAGUAAAGGUUUUUUAGAACGUCGCAAUUUGAAAGUACACAUGAUUAUACACACUGGUGAAAAACCUUUUCUCUGUUCAAUUUGUGGUAAAGGUUUUGUACAAAGUCCCCAUUUAGAAACACACAUGAGAACACACACUGGUGAAAAACCUUUUAUCUGUUCAAUUUGUGGUAAGGGUUUUGUACAAAGUAUCCAUUUGGAAAGACACAUGAGAACACACACUGCUGAAAAACCUUUUUCUUAUUCAAUAUGUGGUAAGGAUUUUUCAAAAAGUCACUAUUUGAAAACACACAAGAGAACACACACUGGUGAAAAACCUUUUAUCUGUUCAAUCUGUGGUGAAGGUUUUGUAGAAACUCACAAAUUGAAAGAACACAUGAGAACACACACUGGUGAAAAACCUUUUUCUUGUUCAAUCGAUGGCUUAUCUUUUACAAGGAAGGGACAUUUGAAAGUGCACAUGGGGUCACACACUGGUGAAAUACCUUUUUCCUGUUCAAUCUGUAGUAAAGGCUUUGUGGAAAGUCGCAAUUUGAAAAGACACAUGAGAAUCCACACUGGUAAAAAAACUUUUAUUUGUUCAAUUUGUGGUAAGGGUUUUGUACAAAGUAACCAUUUGAAAGUACACAUGAGAACACACACUGGUGAAAAACCUUUUUCUUGUUCAAUAUGUGGUAAGGGUUUUUCAAAAAAUAGCAAAUUGGAAGGACACAAGAGAACACACACUGGCGAAAAACCACAUUCCUGUUCCAUCUGCAACAGAAGCUUUUGUGACCAAUCAAACUUUGUAAGACACAUGAGAACACACACAGGAGAGAAAGUGUUGAGUUGCAGUGUGUGUGGUGAAAGAUUCUCUUAUAAGUACCAGUGUAAGAAACACAAGUGUGCUGGUGAGAACAGCAGCAGCAAAUGAAACUGCAGGAUUUGAAAUAAACAGUCAAGACUUUAAUUUUGACUUCCUAACAUCAGCACAUAUAACAUGUGUGACAUCGUUGUUUGUGUAACAAUCUUUUUAAUAGGCUUCUACAUUUAUAGAUUAAAUAUUUUAUAUUAGUGCUUUUUUCAGUCAAGUACAUGCAUUAAUAUGCAACAUUGUGUACUUUAAAAAAAAAAAAUUUGAACAGAACAAUUUGACUGAAAAGGUGAGAGUAAACAGUACAAGACAUAUUUUACAUACAAUAAACAUUUUAUGUGUAUAUAUAUUCAUCAGACAAUUUUAGACUUAUUCAUAAUAGUGUUUUUUAUAGGUGUUUGAAAUAUUGAAGCGUUACAUAGUUUUAUUUCUAAUUGUUAAUGAUCCCAUAGAUUAGCACCUUUAUAUGAUAUACAUAUGUACUGGUUCACAUCUGAAACAUCUUCUGGACCACUUCAGUAAGCAUAUUAUUAUUUACUUUAUACAUCAUUUGAACAGUUGUCUUUUAUGCAAUUUUAAAAUGUGUGACUUUAUGAAUUAUUUGUUGGGUCUCUAUAAUCCAUUUGAUUAAUUAUCUUUGUUACUCUCUUUUGUAAUAUGAUGAUUGUGUUGUGAUUGUUUUAUAUGUAUGUCCCCAGACCUUUAUGCAAUAUAAAAGUGAGAGAAAAUG